CUUGUGCCUGGCCCCAUGAUGGUUAUUGAUGAUCAUCAUCUCUGAUCACCUUUGACCAUGCUCUAACUCCUCCCAUCGCUAGUCAUGUCGAUUCUAUAUUCCGGGCUCCUUCGGGCCCUGCCUCUCGUUCUUCUCUUCUUCACAGCCAUCGUCGCUGCCGAGCAUACCUCGAACUGGGCCGUCCUCGUCUCUACCUCGCGCUUCUGGUUCAACUACCGCCACCUCGCCAAUGUCCUCUCUCUCUAUCGAACCGUCAAGCGGUUGGGGAUUCCCGACUCGCAGAUUAUCCUGAUGCUUCCCGAUGAUAUGGCCUGCAACCCCCGCAACGCUUUCCCAGGAACCGUCUACAGCAACGCCGACCGCGCAGUCGAUCUCUACGGCGACAACAUCGAAGUCGACUAUCGGGGGUACGAAGUCACCGUGGAGAACUUCAUCCGUCUUCUGACCGACCGACUCGACGAAGAUGUUCCACGCAGCAAACGGCUGGGGUCCGACGCGGGAAGUAAUGUUCUGGUAUACAUGACCGGCCAUGGAGGGGACCAGUUUCUCAAGUUCCAGGACUCCGAGGAGAUCGGGGCGUGGGAUCUGGCUGAUGCAUUCGGCCAGAUGUGGGAAAAGAAGCGCUAUCACGAACUUCUGUUCAUGAUCGAUACCUGCCAGGCCAACACUAUGUACACGCACUUCUACUCGCCCAACAUCAUCGCUACGGGAUCGAGUGCCCUCGACCAGUCCUCGUACUCGCACCAUGCGGACAGCGAUGUGGGUGUAGCAGUGAUUGACCGGUGGACAUACUACGUGCUGGAGUUCCUCGAGACGCAGGUGACGAGUGCGAACUCGAAACAGACCUUGGGCGAUCUUUUUGAUUCCUACGAUGAGUCCAAGAUCCAUUCCCAGCCGGGAGUGCGAUGGGACCUCUUCCCUGGCGGCGAGCAGGAGGGUCGUCUACGCACGGUGGUGGACUUCUUUGGAAAUGUCCAGAAUGUCGAGGUCGAGAACGUUAAUGCAACAGAGCCCGGCUCCCUCCAGGAGGAUCUCAUCGAGAUCGCCCGGCUUGUGGAGAAAUGGCGCACUCACGACCGGGACCUGUUCAUCCAACCGGUGGCCGGGUAUGGCGAUCUCGCUCGCGCCGGGGAGGAGUUGGUUAAGCCCAUGCGGACGACGAAUGGAGGCAGCGGGGGCGUCGUCAUCUGUCUUGGGGUCGGGGGCUUGGUGGACUUAACGGAGAUCCUGUGUUUGGGUAGUCCGGAGGAGGAAGACAAUAAUGCCGUGGACGACGAGGGGCAGGGACAGGCCGAGGAUAUGGGCGGCGUGGAGGUCUGGGUGUUCGACGCGAGACGGCCGUGGAAUCUGUCGAAUGUCUUCGGGGGCGAGGCUGCGACUGCCGCGGACCACCCUUCUAGCUCCGAUUCGAAGAAGCGGAAGUCGUGGUCGCGUCAGGACGAUGAGGAUGAGUCGGACGACGACGACGGGCCGCCCCGUCAGCGCAGGAGGAGUGAUUCGGGUUCAUACAUAAUCUCGUCGCCGAGUCGUCCUCGGAGGAUGGGGCAUGACUCCUCGAACUCCUCACGCUCUGUUACGCCAACGUCGGACUCGCCGUCUCCAUUACAUCCGAAACCGCCCUCUACACGGACAUUAAGGCGUCGGUUGCUCCGGAUGAGAAGGAAGCAUGAAAGUCUACUGCAAAGGUACUAUAGCUCCGGGACGUCCUACUCGGAGCCGAUAUCUUCGCUUGUAUACUCCCUCGCAUCCGAGCUUGGUCGCGAAGAUAACGAUCUACUGUGGCUGGCCAUUGUAGGUGUGUCGAGCUUGGAACUCAGCGGCCGCACGAUGUCCGGAGUAGGCGUUUCCAACGCGCUCGAGUACGGUGGCUCAGCUGGAUGGGGCGGAGAGAGAGGCGAACGAAUACGGCAGAUCAUGCGAGACGAGGUUCAUCGAUUAAAUCCUCCAGAUCCUUACGAACGCGAUAUUAGAGGCGAGAUAAACGGCGUCAUCCCGACUACCGCCCGAUCACCAACGGACAAGUCCAUUCGAUUAUCCCCCGAACCUCGGUUCAUUCUCAUUCGACACUGGUCACUCUACGACAGUAUGCUUCACAGCCCCUACCUGGCCUCCAGACUUCAUGUUUGGACGGAAAAUGGUAAGAAGCGAUUACAUAAACUGCUCGCAAAAAUGGGCAUCAGCCUCAACCAAAGUCAUCAAAAUUAUACCCACAUGGACAUGGAAUUGAAGCGCGUACUACGACAGCGUCUGCUCAAAUACGCACCGAUGUAUGGACUCGAUGGGCUUGUGCCUCCCGAAGCGUCUGGUCAUGCUGCCUCGCGCGAGGGAUGGGGAUUCGUCCGCUGCUGGGGCUGGAAAGCUUGUCUUUCAGCGUCUGACGUGGGUGUUAUUAUCGGUGCGAUUUUAGAGGUUGGCCCUGAGGAUUCUCAUGGAACAUGGGACUCGAAACGGCUUUCGAAAGCUGCAUCCGAGACUCAUGGUGACGGAUCCACCGAAUCAGACCUGUCCAGUCUUCUGCCUCGCUUUUGGAGUGCAUAUGAUGCUUUAUCGCUGACGUCGGAGUCUCCUACGCUCCUUCUUGGCUCGCUUCCUCUCGCACAACACCUGCACCGUGCCAUCCUACGGACGGGGACCUCUUUACUGGCCAAGCAUCAAAUCCGACACCUGCGCGCAUUCCGCAUCGCCGUUGUCAAGGAUGGCCCCGAUGUCAAGUUGUUCACUAAUCCCGGAGCGCUGACGAAAUUGGCUCUCUGGGUUGCAGAGGCGAUUCGCGUGCAAGAACGAGAGCGAGCAGAUACCGUCAAGAUCGGCCGCAGACGGGCUGUGGGUACGCCGUUGGUCCUUGCCGGCCUCGACGAGGAUCGAGGGCUAUAUGUGGUCGUCGGUACAGGAGGCGGAGGAGGUGUGGUCGACUUUGCUGCUCUCACCAAACGCCGCGAGGAUAGACGACGGAAAAAGGAAGCCAAGGAGAAGAAGCGGAAAGAGCGGGAGGAGCACCGAGCCAGACGCGCCAGGGAGCGUGCAGCAAGGGAUGACGACGAGGACGAGGCCGAGGAAACCGAAGAAUCGUCCUCCGAAUCGGAAUCCGAGUCCGAAGACGAGCAGGACCUGGGCGGCAACAAGCACCUUCUGCGCAAUCGGUUUGGUAUCGCUUUCCAGGAGGUGGUUCAAGAGACCAGCGCCCGGGUCCGCAUCGACAGCUUCGAGCACUGCGUGGUUGAAGUGCAGAAGGAGGAUCUCGGAGGCUUCCUCGAAGCUCUCAGCUUCCGCAGUGUGGUCGGCUGAUAGCCGCGAUAUGGGGCUAUAUUGUUCUUAAGUUCAUGCCACGGCACAAACCCCAACUCUUCUUACUAUACCAUGCUCGAUAAUCAUCUUGACGUGCGUGCUAACACGCCAAUCCUCCUAUUUUCCAGUCGUAUUUGAGGCGGCAUACCGAAU